AUGUCUAGUCAGAUCCCUAUGGUAGUAAUGUCUAGUCAGAUCCCUGUGGUAGAAAUGUCUAGUCAGAACCCUGUGGUAGAAGUGUCUAGUCAGAACCCUGUGGUAGAAAUGACUACUCAGAACCCUGUGGUAGAAAUGUCUAGUCAGAACCCUGUGGUAGAAAUGUCUAGUCAGAUCCCUAUGGUAGUAAUGUCUAGUCAGAUCCCUGUGGUAGAAAUGUCUAGUCAGAACCCUGUGGUAAAAGUGUCUAGUCAGAACCCUGUGGUAGAAAUGUCUACUCAGAACCCUGUGGUAGAAAUGUCUAGUCAGAACCCUGUGGUAGAAGUGUCUAGUCAGAACCCUGUGGUAGAAAUGUCUACUCAGAACCCUGUGGUAGAAAUGUCUAGUCAGAACCCUGUGGUAGAAAUAUGUAGUCAAAACCGUGUGGUAGAAAUGUCUAGUCAGAUCCCUAUGGUAGUAAUGUCUAGUCAGAUCCCUGUGGUAGAAAUGUCUAGUCAAAACCCUGUGGUAGAAGUGUCUAGUCAGAACCCUGUGGUAGAAAUGUCUACUCAGAACCCUGUGGUAGAAGUGUCUAGUCAGAACCCUGUGGUAGAAAUGUCCACUCAGAACCCUGUGGUAGAAAUGUCUAGUCAGAACCCUGUGGUAGAAGUGUCUAGUCAGAUUCCUAUGGUAGUAAUGUCUAGUCAGAUCCCUGUGGUAGAAAUGUCUAGUCAGAACCCUGUGGUAGAAGUGUCUAGUCAGAUCCCUGUGGUAGAAAUGUCUAGUCAGAACCCUGUGGUAGAAAUGUCUAGUCAGAACCCCUGUGGUAGAAAUGGUAGUAAUGUCUAG